AUGUAUUCUUUCUGUCUUUCUUUUCAUUCUUUCUCUUCAUUCUUUCCUUCUUUUUAUAUACAUUCGUUUCUCUUUCUUUUCAUUCUUUCUCUCUUUUUAUUCUUUCUCACUCUAUUUCUUCUUUCUCUCUUUCUUUUCAUUCUUUCUUUCUUUUCUUCCUUCUUCUCUUUUUCUUUUCAUUCUUUCUCGCUUACUUUUCUUCUUUCUCCCUUUCUUUUCAUUCUUUCCGUCUUUUCUUUCUUUCUUGCUUUCUUUUCAUUCUUUCCGUCUUUUCUUUCUUUUUUCUUUUUUUUCAUUCUUUCUCGCUUUCAUUCUUUUCAUUCUUUCUCUCUUUCUCUUAAUUCUUUCCGUCUUUUCUUUCUUUCUUUUUUUUCAUUCUUUCUUUCUUUCUUCUCAUUCUUUCUGUCUUUUCUUUCUUUCUUUCUUUUCAUUCUUUAUUUCUUUCUUUUCAUUCUUUCUCUCUUUCUCUUCAUUCUUUCCGUCUUUUCUUUCUUUCUUUUCAUUCUUUCUUUCCGUCUUUUCAUUCUUUCUAUCUUUUCUUUCUUUCUUUCUUUCUUUCUUUCUUUUCAUUCUUUAUUUCUUUCUUUUCAUUCUUUCUCUCUUUCUCUUCAUUCUUUCCGUCUUUUCUUUCGGUUUUCUUUCUUUUCAUUCUUUCUUUCUCUCUUUUCAUUCUUUCUCUCUUUCUCUUCAUUCUUUCCGUCUUUUCUUUCGGUUUUCUUUCUUUUCAUUCUUUCCGUCUUUUCUUUCUUUCUCGCUUUUUUUUUCUUUCUCUCUUUCUUUUCAUUCUUACUUCUUUUCAUUCUUUCUCUCUUUCUUUCAAACUUAUCUGUACUAUUCCCUUUCCUUACCCCAUUGAUUCUUCUUUUCUCACCUCUUUUCUCCUUUCCAUCCUUCCAUUUUAUCUCUUAUACCUACAUUUUUCCUUAUCAUUUUAUUCAUCUGUAUUCCUUGUCAGAAUCAUUCCGCCCUCUCAAUUCACUUUUCAUUUUUCCGAUUCCCUGUUCACUGAUUGUUAGUUUUAUUUUUUUUUUAAAGUUCUGA